CUGGAGACUUGAAAGAUUGAAGCUUGAAGCCAUGUCUUCGAUGCAGCUGUUGGUUGACCUAGCGCAGACAGUAAAGGAUGUCGCGGAAGCGCAUGGCCUAACGAGCCAAGCACUGCGUUCUGCGCAGAUCGCCGACUCAGCGCUUCGCUCCGCCGCACCUGAGCGACCCGAACGGUCCGAACGGUCCGAACGAUCCGAACGAUCUGGGCCGGUCAGCGGAGCCAGCGGAGCUCCAGGGGCUUUGCACGUGUCGCUGCAAGAGCUGUACGAGUUGAAAACGCUGCGUGUCAAAAUCUACGAGGUGGAGCAAGACUUCAAGCAGCAGGGUCAAGAGCUGCAAUCCCAGCUAGUUGAACUUCGUCAGAACUUCCUUGGACUAUCAGAGGCACAGGAAACUGAAAGGAAAGCGUUCGAUACCUUCCACGCAGAGACCCUGCGAGACUUGGAGUCCCUGACCGCGCUCUCUACUGGAGCAAAGCUGUCAUUGGAGGACCACGAGCAUCGACUCUCUGUGCUUGUAUCAACAGAACAAGAGGGUCGUGAGAUGGUAAAAAAUUGCCUUCAACGUUUGAAAGAUGAGAUUGCACAGAACAUGGAAGGGAAGCAACGGGACCACCACGAGAUUUUGAACAAGCACUCACUGCAACUUGCCGAGAUUCGAGACUCCUUCACAUCCUUGGAAUCAGAGAUUCUGGAGGUUUGCGCAAAAGAUAGGAACGCCUUGCAAACCAAGCAGCAAGAGAGCUUGGAGCAACUUGCAGAAUGUCGGCACCUGUCGCAACAGCACUACGUUGAACUGCAAGAACAGUUUCGCAGUUUUCAGCAGCUCAUGCUCAACAAGCAGCGGGAGGCGAAAGAGACAGCGGACGCUGGGCUCCACGACCUGCGCUUGCGCUUGGACAAGGUCAUGUGGCAAAGAAGCGACGUGGGCACAGCCACAUCGCCGAGUGAGCCUCUGACCUUGACCCAGGAGGCAGGAAGCCCUGCCCAGCGGAGCCCAUUGCAGCCACAGCUCUCACCACAGUCGGCAAACUUCUCAGCCGCCGCAGCGCAGAUGGCCUUGGAGGAAGUGCGACAGAAUCUGGAGAUGAAAUUGGCACAUGUGGAGGACCAAUUGAAGAGAAGCAUUCAGCGGCUCUCCGAAGACAUGGCGCAGAAACAGCUGUGCCUGGAAGUCUCGCUCGAAAAGACUUCGAGUGCUUCACAGGCAGAAGAACGUCUCACCAGCCGUUUGGAUGAAGGAUUGAGAAAUCUUCAGUUUGAGUGGAGGAAAGAACUGCAGGCAGUCAGGGCAUCGCAUGACGCUAUCGGAGAAUUGCACAGCAAAAUUGACGCCACGCAGAAAGACCUGGAGACCUCGGCCACGCACUCACGAAGUACAAGUAAAUCCCUCAGGCUUUUGGAGGCGACAGUGCAGGACAUGAAAGUGAGCAUUGAUCGAAGUCGAUCAGAUGUCCAAGACCUCAGGGGCGAACUGUCUCCGUUGCCACAGACCGUCAAGCGAGUGGACGAUUUGUGGCGACACUUCGAAGGAUUGAAGGCUGACGUCGAACAACUUGACAGGAGCAGCAAGGCCGAUGUCAUCGCGCUGGGUGAGCACUUGGAGGCAAAGGUUGGCUCCAUUCGUCCUCGGCAGGGUGCGACUGGUGGUGUGGGCCGGCCUGGCCCUGGUGCUCGGCCUGUGCCCGGCGCUGAGCCUGUGACUGCAGCAGCUGGAGCAGCUGGAGCAGCUGGAGCAGCUGGACGACAACGAAGACCGGAUGGGCUAUGUCCAUAUCAUUGGCAACGUUGCGUUGGUGAAAAAAGUCAAUGGCCGUAAUGAUCCACUGCGGCAUGCGAGAGUGAAUAAACAGGGUGUUGAAGCCCCCGGAGAGCUGGGUGAGCUGAGUCCAAAGUGACCGUUGCAACUUUCAGCUUGUCCGACUUGUCCAAUCGAAACAUUGCACAUGUGCUGCAGAAUAUGCAGCAUGCAGCAAAAGGAUGACCCGGACCUUGCAAUGCGUUUGAUGUUUACACUUUGACUCGAUCUUGGCCGACCGCAAGGCAGAUGUGGCUGAAU